AUGGGGCCGGCUAGAAUGGACGGCAGGGUUUUUUUAAUAUUGUUUUUUAUUAAUUUUGUGUCUGCGAAACAUGAACAAUAUAUUGGUUACACAGUUCACGGUGUGGGACUUCGGAACCAAGAUGAUAUAGCCUUCCUCACUCAGCUCCAGGUGGAGUUGGACCUGGAUGUUUGGAGUGUUGGUAUGGUUGGAGGAAGAGACGCCAGUAUAAUGGUCAAACCAGCAUUGAAAGACCAGUUUUUGAAUGCCCUGGACAAACGUGGUCUCCGGCAUUAUGUUGAACGAGAUAAUGUAUAUAGAGCGCUCGAAGAGUUUGAUGAAAAUUUUGAACAGUGGAAAAUGAUCAGGAAUAAUGCCGCUGCAGCACCAUAUAAUAGCUAUGCUCGAUAUGCAGAUAUCGAGGCGUACCUUGACCGAUUGGGGCAAGAGUAUCCGAAUAUUGUGACUGUAGUGAAUGCUGGCAACAGUUUUGAGGGACGACCUAUUAAAUACGUGAAGAUAUCAACAACGAACUUCGAAGAUAGAAACAAGCCAAUAUACUUCAUGGACGCAGCGAUGCACUCCAGAGAGUGGUCGACUCCUCCAGUGGCUCUCUACACCAUACACAGGCUGGUGGAAGAUUUAAGGGUUGAAGAUAGAGAUCUAUUAGAGAACAUAGACUGGGUCAUUUUGCCAGUUUAUAAUCCAGAUGGUUAUGAAUAUUCUCAUACAGAUAAUCGCAUGUGGCGACGUAGCCGGUCUUACAAUGCAUCAAUCAGCGCAGAAUGUUACGGCGCCGAUCUGAAUAGAAACUUCGACAUUUUCUUCGGUCAAAUCAGCGUUUCAUCAAACCCAUGCUCCGACAUCUACCCUGGACCGUAUGCCAACUCCGAAAUCGAAACACAGCACGUUAGAGACAUGUUCUAUCAGUAUCUAGAUAGAACUCAAAUUUACAUGAACAUACACACAUAUGGAAGCUAUGUUCUUUAUGGUUUUGAUAAUGAGACGCUGCCAUCUAAUGCUGCACAGCUGCACCACGUUGCAGCAGCUAUGGGUGCACAUAUAGAUGCAAAGAAAUUGCCAGAAGCAAGGUACUACAGUGUUGGCAACAGUGCAUUCGUAUUGUAUGCAGCCUCUGGCACUGCGCAGGAUUAUGCUCAGAACAUUGGAAUACCCUUUUCGUACACUUUGGAAUUGCCAGAUUAUAAUAAAUAUGGUUUUCUGGUACCAGCGGAAUACAUUCCACAAAUAAACGGGGAGACAUACGCCGGAAUCGCUGAGUCAGCUAGAAUGAGUUAUCAGUUCUAUCGCCAUAGAUUAAAUUAA